AAUAAAAUUAUUACAUGAAUUAAUUUACUCAUAUCGUUUUAUUAAAUCCAUUACGACAUGUUUUACAGUGUUGAUGUUGUUGUUGUUGUUGUUUUUUGACAGCGAUUUAAAGCUUUUCGCCUUUUAUUUCCUAUUUUGACGUUUGAAUGCUCUAAACAUGUGUUUCUUUUUUAGUCAUCAUCCACCACAUAUGUUACAUUAGUUUAUUCUUACCCUGUGUACGCAAAUGUAAUUUCGUAAUUAUUGCGUCGAGGUAUUUAAAUAUCUUUUUUUAAUAUAAUGGUUGACGUGUUGGAUGGUAUGAAAGUGGGCAACAUGACAACCAACCAGAACGACGCAUAUAUAUUCGAUGGGCCGAUAACAUGGAAUAACGAUAGAUUCUUCGUUUUCUCGAACUCGGAUAAUGAGAUGCAACAUAAACGCAUGACGGAUGAUGAAUCUGAGAGCGUCUUGUGUAACAGGCCUGGAACACAUGUAGAGGAAGAUAAAAACUACUCUGAUCCAGUUCUUUCUCCGAAUGAACUGCCACGCGAUGAGCAAAAAACAUGUGUAGAUAUAGACGAAAAUGCAUACAAGAUAAACCCUUCCGAGCUACAAGAACUAACGUUUAGAGGUCGCUCUUCGUCAAAUAAUACAGGCUUAUCGGAUAAAAGAAUGUAUGUGCCACAUACAAACAUUGACCUUUUAGAGUCAACAACAGGUAUACUUUUCUUGGCAGAAGACAUACAUGCCUUGUAGUUCAAAUGACACACACUGACGUUUUUAAAUAUUAUACAAUACUCAUUAUGUAUGUAGUUGCGUUUGGUUAGUAGGGGAAUUGAAAAUUCAUGUUCAUUAUUUUGAAAUGGACUGCUUUUUCACGUGAUAAAUUAAAACAGUAUUACCAGCAUUUAUUUCCAAAGCAGGCCUAGUACUUUACGGAACUACUAGUAAGGUUGUGUCAAAUCGUUUAUUACAUUACUGAAAAAGCACUUCAAGACCACAUCUGUCAGGUGAAAUUGCGCUUUGUGAAUUUUGCUUUAUUAUACAUGCUUGGAGUUAUAUCUA